CCCCUGCCUCGGGUGUCACACCAGUCCAGACCCCUGGCAGGGAUACGUAGAUAAGGAGGCCGGAGGAAGACGUCUGUGCGUCAGUGUGCGUGCGAGCGAGAGACAAGAGAGAGGUGAGAGAGAGAGAGAGAAGACCACAAGACAGCAGCACAGCAGUGAACACUCAGGGGGACGUCGGGAUGCCUGCGUACGCCACCACCAUGAGGAUAAAGUUCCCCGUCCUGGCGCUGGGCCUGGAGGUCGUCACCAUCAUCCUGUUCGCCUUGUUCGCGGAGUACGACGAUGGCAAGGGCCACGGCCACCACCCUGAGCCCGGCAACUCCACCCCUCACGCCGCGCCGGAGGACCCCAUGAGCCUCUACCCCAUGUUCCAGGAUGUCCACGUGAUGAUCUUCAUCGGCUUUGGCUUCCUAAUGACCUUCCUGAAGAGGUACGGCUUCAGUAGCGUGGGCGGUAACCUGCUGCUGGCCGCCUUUGGCCUGCAGUGGGGCCUGCUGACCCAGGGCUUCUGGCACCUGACGGACGGCAAGAUCAAGAUCAACAUCUUCAAGAUAAUCAACGCAGACUUCAGCACAGCCACAGUCCUGAUCUCGUUUGGAGCCGUCCUGGGAAAGACCAGCCUGGUCCAGCUGCUCAUCAUGACCGUGCUGGAGAUCGGGAUCUUCGCCAUCAAUGAACACCUGGUGGCUAACGUAUUUGAGGCGAACGACGUAGGGGCCUCCAUGAUCAUCCACGCCUUCGGAGCCUACUUUGGCCUGGCGGUCGCUCGGGUUCUGUACCGGCCUGGCCUCAAGAACGGACACGAGAACGACGGCUCCGUCUACCACUCUGAUCUGUUUGCCAUGAUCGGAACCGUCUUCCUCUGGAUGUUUUGGCCGAGCUUCAACUCCGCCAUCGCCGAACCCGGCUACACGCAGCUGAUGGCGGUGAUCAACACCUACCUGUCCCUGGCGGCCUGCGUGGUCUCUGCUUAUGCCAUCUCCUGCCUGGUGGAGCACAAGGGCAAGCUGGACAUGGUCCACAUUCAGAACGCGACCCUGGCUGGGGGCGUUGCCGUCGGAACCUGCGCUGACAUGAACAUCGGACCCUUCGGAGCCAUGUUGAUUGGAUUUGUGGCGGGAAUCAUCUCCACUCUGGGCUUCAAAUACUUGUCUCCCAUUCUGGCCGCCAAACUGGGAAUCCAGGACACGUGUGGCGUCCACAACCUGCACGGCAUGCCUGGGAUCCUGGGCGGCCUGGCCGGCAUCGUGGCCGUGGCCCUUGGGAAGAAGGACGGUAAAGCUGCCAUGCAAGCAGCUGCUCUGGCCUCAUCACUUGGAUUUGCUUUGGUCGGGGGCGUCAUAACAGGGUUCAUCAUGAAACUACCAUUCUGGGCUCAACCUCCUGACCAAAACUGCUUUGAUGACUCAAUUUACUGGGAGGUACCUGAGGAGGAGGAGGAGCACGAGGAGAGCCUGACAGCGGAGCACUACAAGAACAAGGCUGAGGUGUAGACCUCUGCUCUACCGCCUCCGGUCCGACCCCAAGAUGACCGCGGUGGAGAGCAAACGAAUGAGCAGAUUCACCAGAGCCAUUGCAAAAGAAAUGUCACAUGAUCAGUAACAGCAGAGUGACAUAAACGAUUCACCAGAGCCAUUACAAAAGAAAUGUCAGAUGAUCAGUAACAGCAGAGUGACAUAACCGUUGUGAUUUCUUAAUUUCACAUAUAUUCAGGUAUUUCAAGUGUGAAUAAACUCUUUCAGGGUAUUUUUUUAUCAGGAGGUUUAGUAUCAGCGCUCAUGUACAAACCACUGUUGGAAACAGAGGCCAUUCUUUUUGUAUGACUUUUUUUAAACUUUUUUUCUAUUAUCAUCCAAAAGUGUAAAAGCAUGUUUUAUGCCAUUAGUAUGGUUUUCUUAACUCUUUAAUACAUUGUUUGCUAUGACACAAAACUGACAAAUGUGCAAAACCGAUGCCAUGCCUUCUAUUUUUUGUAUGUGAAAUCGUAAGGCAAGCUUAGGCCUGUGAUGGCAGGCUGCUUCACUGGAGCCCUCUCCUGCUGAUUGGAGACCAAACUCAACCCAACCCGGUCUGAGCAGGGUAGUGAUAGUAACUCAAUAACACUUUUCCCAAUAAAUAAACCUUCAUGUGGCUCAUUGUCUAUCGUUACAUCUCUAUUAACCUGCCCCAUUGCUUAAGCCCUCUUUGACUUCUGUGUUUGUUCAGUGUUCUUUUCUUCCGUACUCCAUUACGUUGAUAUGUUUGUAUUUUCCUAUGUACAGUGAUAGGUUUUACAGUGAAAUGGACAUGGUAACAUAUUAAAGAAGAGAGAUCAUGAUGCUGUUGCGCGAGUGUUGAGUUGGGCCGUGUCGGAGUGGAACAUCAAAGAGGCAGGGCCGGUUCAAACCCACUAUGAAUAGAAUUGAUUAGUUGUUCAUUGAUCAGACCGUCUAUGAUGUGCAGCAAAACAGCCAUACAUUUUGUUUCCUUUUUUUACACAAAGUGUGUGCUUAUUUUGUAAAGCCACUAAUAUUGUCACAUUAAAUGUGUUUUUAUACAAUA